AUGCAAUACAGGCUUCCUUGCCUUUAUUCAUACAAAGGCAUUAAACAUUUUGAUGAGAACUUUGCAGCAAAGACAACAUUGAUUUUGAAUACUGUUAUACUACUAUUGUCAUCAAAUAUUACUCUACACUUGAAAGAUAAGUAUGGGCUAGAGCCAAUCCAUCUUUUUGUAUCAGAGGCACAUGCCCCAAAUUCUGAAGCAUUUCUUCCCAUCAAAAGCAUAUCCAUAUGUGAUACAGAAGAUGAAGAUGUUCUUACAUUUAUACAAAUUUUAGGAGGAACUCUUCCUGAGCUUCUGCCAAAUGAAGACAUUAGGAAACCUCUGAUACAUACUUUCAGAAGAGGUAAGGAGCUGAGAAUCUUACAGAUAACAGUAAUUCCUUCUCCUGAUGUUCUGCACAAUCUAAUUCCUGAAGUUUGUUAUGUUUUGGAGGUGAAAGGAAAAGCUAUUUUGUAUGUGGAAGCAAACCCCAAAUAUAGGUAUCUUAUGGAAAGUUUUAUUACUACUUCUUCUCUUCAGAGUUUUGAGAAAGCAGAAAGGAACAUCCCUUUCUCUUCUGUUAUUACCUGCUUUAAUGGGUCUGAAGACAAACCACUGAUUUUUUCAGCCUGGCAUGAUCUAACAAGUGGAGCUAUUUCCUUUUACAGGCUUCCCGGAGAUCACUUUUAUCUGCUGGAACCCUCUAAUGAAAUUUUCUUGACAAAACAUAUAACAAGAUGUAUAGAAAAUGCUGGUCUAUGAGUAUUUGUCUAUUUUAAUGGCAGAGGGUGUAAGAUAAGUCCACAGCACUUCAUAAGAAGUCAUUCUUUCUGUACAGUUGCAUGAGUUAUGCCUAAGUUGUUCUGUUCCUCCUCUGUAAUUCUUUAAGAGGGGGAUUUUGUCUGAUUUUUUGAAAAUAAACAUUGGCUUUGGGUCUUAAAAAUAAAA